UUGAAGAAGUGUGUUUUCUACAGUACACAGGUAGGCAUCCACAUCAUCCAUUCACAACAUGCUAUAAUUAAUGAGACAUUUAUGUGUUUUAAAAUCGAUCAAAUCCCCAUUUCCAAAAAAGCUUUUUGAAAUUAAAGAGGUUUUCUGAUUCUCGACAACAGAAUCAAAACCCUUGAAGAUAAAGCAAAAUGUCGAAUAAACAAGAAGCAUCCUCAAUUGCUUCAUCGCCGCCGUGGGCGGCGCUUCCACAGGAAAUCACGGCCAACAUUCUGCAGAGACUGGGAACAAUAGAGUUACUUGAGAGUGCACAGAGAGUUUGUACUGCUUGGUGGAAGGUUUGUCAUGAUCCCACUGUGUGGAGUGUUGUUGACUUGAAAUAUAUGCCUUUUACAUCCAAAGAGGCUCCUGUGUUGGAGGAGAUAUGUCGCACCGCGGUGGAUCGUAGCCAGGGACAGUUACUCCAAAUUAGCAUUCAGUAUUUCGGUGACAAACACUUGCUUAAUUACAUUGCUCAGAGAUCAAGUCAGCUCAGGCAUCUUCGACUUGUUAAGUGCUAUAAUCGCUUAUCUGGGGCUUUGGCUGUAGCUGCCAAGAACUUCCCAUUGUUGGAGGAGUUGCACAUUUACUUCACUUACAUAGCUAAAGAUGAUUUAGAAAUUGUUGGUCGUUCUUGCCCUCUGCUCAAGUCAUUUAUAUUGCAUGCCGGUCCAUUUGAUAAACUGAGACUUCCACCAUCAGAAGACAAUCAUAAAGCUCUAGCUAUUGCCAGAAGUAUGCCUGAAUUGCGGCACCUUGCCCUUAUUGAUCAUAACUUGACAAAUGAAGGACUGCAAGCCAUUCUGGAUGGCUGUCCACACCUUGAAUCGCUUGACUUGCGUGGCUGCUCUUGUAUCGAUCUUGAAGGGGAUUUGGGAAGAAGAUGUAGGCAACAAAUUGUAGAUCUAAAGCACUCUCGUGAUUCCCCUUGCGAUUGUGAAUUUGAUUAUAAAAUUUCUUAUUAGCAGUCUUCUGAGGAUUACUGUCGAUCUGCGUUCUCCAAUGUUAAUAAUGACUGCAAUUACUUCGAUAUCAGUGACAUCAUGAGUAUGAUUUUUGACUAUAUUGACUUCACUGAUCCAUGUUUCAGCGAGUAUGUCAAUGAAGCAGGUAUCUUUUAUUGUUGUCAUGUUCAAAAUGAGAUUUUCAGAUGGUAAGAACCCAAAUUUUCAGCGCUAGCAUUCUUCAUCCUUUUUUUCUUUUUUCUUUUUCGGUUGUUCAAGGUUGGUUAUAUAGGGGAAGAAAUAAAAAAUGGUUUGUUUCAGAACAUAUAUACAUGGUAGUUGCAUUGGUUUGCAAGUGUUUGGUUGCUAGGUAAAUAUGAAUCUAUUUGCUACAGCUUUGCUGGGAAGAACAGGUGAAGAAUUUAGUGGUAAAAAUUAAUUAAAAUCUCUAAGUAGUCUAUUUAGACCAUGCGAUUGGAAUAUAGAGCAACCACAUCCAAGUGGACAUCAUUGUUUGAGAACUGAAUGUACUCACCUAGUACUACUGCAACCUUCCUUCAAGUAAUGGACCGAAUAAUUAGUUUUAUUUUUGAGUUUACUUUUUAAAAA